UUCGACAUCAAGAGUUGUACGUCUGCUCUAUCAGUUUGGAGAUUGAUAAAAAGAAGAGACAUGAUGGACAACGGGGCACCAAAUGAAAGAGCAUUGCUGUCUUUAAUGGAAAGAACUGGAUAUUCUAUGAUUCAAGAAAAUGGACAGCGAAAAUAUGGUGGACCACCGCCAGGUUGGGAUGGAUCACCACCCGGGAAAGGUUGUGAAGUGUUUGUGGGGAAAAUUCCGCGGGACUGUUUCGAAGACGAACUUGUGCCAGCGUUUGAAACUGUUGGAAAAAUAUAUGAAAUGCGGCUUAUGAUGGACUUUAGUGGCUCAAAUAGGGGCUAUGCAUUUGUGAUGUAUUGUUCGAAGGACGAGGCCAUGAAAGCUGUACGGGAGAUGAACAAUUUCGAAAUUCGUAGAGGACGUUUAUUGGGGGUUUGCCCAAGUGUAGAUAACUGUCGACUGUUUGUAGGAGGAAUCCCCAAAAAUAAACACAAGGAAGAAAUCAUGGCAGAAAUGAAGAAAGUGACAGAUGGAGUGACUGAUGUAAUCGUUUAUCCGUCAGCGAUGGAUAAAGCGAAGAACAGGGGCUUUGCUUUUGUAGAGUACGAGAGUCACAGAACGGCAGCAAUGGCUCGAAGAAAGUUGAUUCCAGGAAGAAUACAGCUGUGGGGACAUCAGAUUGCAGUCGAUUGGGCAGAGCCAGAGCAAGAUGUGGAUGACGAUGUAAUGAAUAAAGUGAAAAUCUUGUAUGUAAGGAACCUCAUGCUAUCAACAACUGAGGAAGCACUUCUGAAGGCGUUCAAUAAGGCUGCAGGGCAAGAGGGUGCCAUUGAAAGGGUGAAGAAACUGAAGGAUUACGCAUUUGUUCACUUCCGUGAUCGUGAACUGGCAAUCAAAGCUUUGAACGUUAUGAAUGGAGCUCUUUUAGAGAAUUCUAGAAUUGAAGUUGUGUUGGCCAAACCAGUUGAUAAGACAGAAUACCAACGAUAUGCCAGACAGAAACUCGCCUUUCCAUCACAGAAUGAUGGCAAUGAGGUGAAUGAUAUGAUCGAGGCCUUCGAUUACAACAUAUCAUUUGCUGAGAAUGGAUCACCUGGUCCUGGAUUUGGGUCCAUGUUCCCACAGACGCCUACUUUUGGCAGGGCUGUUGGACGUACGGCCGUGGGUGUGCGAGGGUUGAUGAGAGGUCGGGGUCGGGGUGCUGCUGGCACCAGAGGUGGGCGGGGCCCAGGAACCUUUGUCAGACCUCCUUUCUUCCACAGAACUCCAAUUGAGCUAUAUGACAUUGUGCCGGGAAUGGAGUUAAAACCUACAAAUCCUAUGACUUUGAAAUCAAAUUCUUCAAAAACACCGUUGGAGAUUUUAGAAGAUCUUUGCCAUAAGAACUCCUGGGGUACACCAACAUACCAACUGUUCUCAACUGUGCAAGGCAUUGGAAGAGACGGAUCUUCUGAUAUGCAGCUUUUCCUCUACAAGGUGGCGAUUCCAGGUUUAACAGGGAAUAUUCCAUUUCAACCUAACAAAAUGUGCAGGUCCACGGAUGAAGCAAAGUCAUUUGCAGCAGAGUUUGUUCUCCAUCAACUUGGCAUGCCUACAGAAGGAUCAGGUGCAGCAGGGGACAUGUACGGUGCACGUCCGUUUGCAAUGCCCAUGUCCAUUCCCAUGCCUGGAGGAAUUGGUGCCCCACCCCCAGUUGAUGUCUACACUGGAUCCAUCAUAAAGCUCCCACCACCACCCCAAGUGGAGCAAUUCUACCAGACAAGCUAUCCACCGCCACCACCAGUUUCAAGCAUGCUGCCUACAUUCUAGUGUGAUUUGUGAUCUCUUAAGAAGGGCUGUUGAAUACUGGCAUAUAUUUUGUAACAUAUUUUUAAUUGGUUACUUUAUUCUUAAAUGUUAGUUUUUGAACUGGAAUUUUAUUGUGUUAAGCUAUAAAGAUGAGCUUUGAAAGUAUUCAAAUUUUGAAAAAUAAAAGAAAUUACAUUUUAAAUACAAAAGACAGCAGUCUGGAUUGUUGAAUUGUGGGUAAUGCAGUCAAGAUGUGCAUGUAUUGAAUGUGCUAUUAAUGAGAUAUAUGAGGCUAUCAUAGCAUGUUGCUCAUUAUUAAGCUGUGAUGUGUUGCUGUAUUUUUGUAUGUUGAACAUAUUUACACUUACAUAAAUUUUUGCAAUAUAUACGAAGUAUUUUUUAAUUAAAAUUUUUGAUGUGCUCAUUUGAAUUUACUGAAAUUUUUAUUUUAUUUUUAAGAUAUUUUUAUGUGGUUAAGCAAAAUGUUGGUACAUCCAAACUGAAUAGAGCUAAAUAGUAAGUUCCCAAAUAAAAACAAGAAAAUUUGUUCUUAAUUUUUCUAUGGCAUAAUACAUAAAAAUGAAAAAAAAAGUUAAUUUCAUUAUAGGCAUUUGACUGAUUUUUAAAGUAAAUAUAUAUGCAGGCCUUGAAAAAUCCACUCCACAGCUCGAAUUUACAAGUAAAGUUGAUGGUUGGGCGAGUAAUGUUGGUAAAAAAAUAAUUAUCAAAAUCAGCUUCUUUCGUUUUGUAGAUGUUAUAGUGCUCUUAGCUAAUCGAUUAAUAGUGAAAAAGACAGUUAAAUAUAUUGGUCAUUCCAUGAAGUAUAAAAUUUCAUUUUAGUGUAAAUAUCAAUAAAAUAAAAACAUACAUAACUGGUUUAUUAUAAUACUUCUUAUAUUUAAUUAUAAAUAAACAGAAAAAAAUAAUUAUUAAUAAACAGAAUAUUUCUUUAUUACAAUGAGACAAAGUCAGAUGAUAGUUUAAGUUUAGAAAAAGGUUUUGGUUGUUCAUUACUAUAAAUAUAGAUUUUUCAUAUUUUUUAAUGCAGGGCGAGAUGAUUAAAGUGAAGGGCGAGUGGAUUGUCUGGCCUACUCGCCCUGCAGGGUGAGUGGCUCUGGAAUUUUUUUUCAAGGCCUGAUAGGAGUGUAUUAAAACCCAGAACAAUUAGUAAAAACAUAUACAAAAGUGGUUUGCACAAAUAAUGGGAACACUUGUGAUUGCUCGAAAAUAAGACCGCAAGUAUUACAUAUAUACUGGUGAAUGAGAAGAUUCUUAAAUGCACAAGCCAUUUCUGUAAAAUUGUUUUGAGAAUUUUGAAAGUUUCUUUUACAGUUUCUUGAGGUACAUGUGGUUAUUUGAUGUCAUCGAGAUUUCUCAGAUACAUUAUGUUGCAAUUCUAUCUUUACUUUGGAUGCAAAGUUGUGUUUAUGAACUUUUUAUUGCUAUGUUUCACUUUUUAGUUUUUACUGUUAUUUAAAAAAAAUUACAAUCAGUUUAAUGCAAGAGUUUUUUUCAGUCAAUAUAAGAGCACAGAUAUUUGGGUGUAGGUACAAAACAAACUGAGUCUGAUAAGACUGGUUUUGGGUUGUUAUUUUUAUGACAAUAUUAAGUUUGUUAAAAAUCAAGAUGGUGGGUUAGGAAUAAUUUAUAAAUAUGGAAAUUAGGCUAUUUUUCACAUCUGAUGUCUAUGCUCUUAGACUGAAAGUAAUUAAGAAUUGAUUUCAUACAUUGGUUGUGCCAAAGCAAGAUUUGCAAUGUUGGAAGGGUAUGGACUGGAGUGUGUUGUUUUUUGUUUUUUUUUAACAUUUUCAGUAUUACCAUCCUUCAAUGUAUUAAUGGUUUUUGGAUUUGUUUAAUUGUAAUCAAAAUUGUUGACAAUGUUUCAAUGAGGAAUUUAAUGAAAAUUUCCAUCAUAAUGUAUUCAGCAUCAACAAUUACCUAUUUAUUUUAAUGUAUUGUGUCAUUUUAAGACUGUCCCAAAUGAGAUUUGUUGCCUUUUUGCAACUAUUUUGUUACUUAGGUAUAUGUAGUUAUUCGCUUUUCAGAUUUUUAUUAACACAUUUGAAUCAAAAUCACUUUUAAACAAAAAACUAUUACUGUAAUGAUUUGGUUAUGAUUUUGAAAAAGAAGACAAUCAGUAGAUGAUUAUUAAGGUUAGAUCCUAUUGUAAAUUAAAAUAAGUAGAGAAAGUAUCAUGAACAAAUGUAAUUUCCAAUGUCUGAUGUUUACCUGGUGACAUGUUAUUUAACAUAUAAAUAACCAAGCAAUCAGGGCUGAGAAUUCUCAUUUUAUAAUGUUUUUGCUGAUUAUUAUGACAAUCUAAAGUAUUUUUGCUCUAAUGCUUGUUUACAGUCUUAAUCAUGUUUUGUUUUCCGAAAUACCAUGAAAAGAAUGUUUCUUACAUCCAGUUUAUCAUUAGUUGUUUUUUUUGCAAGCUAUUGCUAGGGAGAUGUGACAAUUGCAAAAGCAUGUAUUGCUAGACUUCAACUCUUGUUUUUAUGUUAGUAUAGUUUUUAUAAGUUUUAAGUUAGUUACAUGUCUGCUAAGUUAAUUUAUAUAAGUUUUUAGUUAGUUUUAAUAAUUCUUGAGUAUAUUACUCUAUCUGUUUGUGUGGUUGGAAAUUCAAAUUCCGAGCUACUGACAAUCCAGGUAUUUGAGAGUUACAAAUGGUAAAUACUAUUUUAUACCAACCUGCGACCUGGACUCCAGGUUGCGCUUUAAUCAGUAAAAUGAGCCACAAAAAUGCUUUCUAGCAUAAAUAAGUACACAAAUUAUUAAUGUAUUUAAUAACGCCAAUUAAAAUAAUUAACGUGGUAUGGUUUGCUUGCAGAAUUAUUAGAUUAAAUCACAGUUUCAAAUACGUCAUUACUGUUCCUGAAAAGGUGAACAAUUUUACAUUGUUAAUUGUAUAUCAUCUGGGGAUAGUGGCUUUAAUGUGAAGCAUGAAAAUAUUACAACUGUUUCCAUUUGGACAUAUGUUAUGUGAGUUUUUUUUAAUGAGAGUAUCUUUAAAUGUAUCCUUGCACUUUAAUCUCAUCUACAUUUAUUAUAAUUAUGCAUAUUUAUAUAUAAUGGUUGUACUUAUAUACUUUCUUAGACCUUCUAUAUGUAGUCUUUUGAUAUAUAUGAAAAGAUUCCUAAAAUAUAUUUAUUCAUAACAUAUGCAUGGCUUUAUUCGUAGUAAAGUUAGAAAAAUAAUUGUCAAAACUAAUAAUAUUUUAAAAUAAAGUUUUAUUAGACCUUUUAUGUAAUGCGUUUUUCCCCAUUGAUUUAACAAUAAUUAGAUAUACAUAAAGAAUUGCGAUAAGACAACACACAACUAUUUUAUUUAUAAUUUAUCAAUAUGUAUGUGUGAAUAUCGAUAUUAGAAGUGUGUGAUAACCUUAGUGUAUGAUAGAUUUUUGUGUACACAAUGUUGGUUAGUUUUUUGUGUACACAAUGUUGAUUAGUUUAUCAUGUCAUGUUUGAAAGAAGCCAACUUGCUUAUUCUAAGAUUGGUUUCACAAAAUGUGAUACUGUUUAAUGGUACUCACAUUUAUCUUAAACUGCCUCAAUUAAGUUGCUGUUUACAAAUGCUUACCAGUAUUUUCUACACUACAAAAACGUGUUUUGACAUGCUUGUGAUAUACUUUACUUGGCACAGGCUUUGUGUUGUCUUCUAGUCCAGUAUGCCAAUGUUAUAUGGUGCUAACAAGUUAUUAAUUAUUCCCCAUUAAUUAUUAUUCUGUCCAUCGUCUGUCUGUAGAACCAAAAAUGUCCAAAUGUGCAAUACAAUUUUCAAAGUACAAUUUUAAAGGCAUGGUUUCUCGCAGUUUGCAUAUGUUCAUUAUUUCAUCUGAAAAUUAAAAAAUAUAUAUUUAUAUUUAAAUAUUUCUUAAACUAAAAUAAGAGUCAACUUGAAACUAAAUAGCUAGAUCUUUGGAGGGGAGGGGGAGACGAGCAAUUCACUAGAAACGUUAGAUACUUUAGACUUAACGCCCUUAGUAACUUUUUUAGCUUGAAUUUGAAAACUAAAAAAUAUAAACUUGGAAUUUAAUAAAACUUGGAAUUUAAUAAAUAUUUAUUUUCUAUUAAUGGGAUGCAUAGUUUACCAGAGCCAUAACUCUUACUCUUGCCAUAUUUUUAGAAUUAUUGCCCUUCAUUAUUAUUUAAGCAUAAAUUUGGUUCCGAGCUUAUCCUUUAUAAAAAAAAUCGUAUGUGGGAUGGUCUCGAUGAGGGGCAGUAUACUGCAUAAGAACUGAACUCCUGCUUUCAUAAUGACACUAUUAUUGCCGAACUGAAUUUUUAUGCUGGAAUCUGGUAAAGACAUAUCAUAACUACAAUAUAGGUAUCAAGAUGAAACGCAAUUGGUAGGAUAUUUGCUUUUUUUUGGGGGGGGGGAAUACAAAUUCCUUAAGCUGAACUUCUAAUGCUGUCUGACAAAGAAGUGUGGGAGGGGUAUUUCUUUCAUGACAGUGACAGUUCUAAUUGUUAUAAGCAUGUUAUUGCUUUUAUUAAAACAUGAGUCCAAGAUGGUCUUUCAGUACACUUGAAACAUGUAGCUCAAUUCUGCAUGAUGUUUUAUUUCAAAACUAACAGUUAUUUAUUUACUGCCGCCUCAUAAAAGUUAUCAAUUUAGAAGUAGUGUUCUGUGUUUUAAUAUGUGUAUGUAUGUUCAAAAUGGUUUGCUCAAGAGUGUUGGUAAAAUGUGAUGUGUUUACAACAACACAAGCUGGUCUUGAUAGUGUUUAGAUGGGCACCAUAUGUGAAUUAUUUCUAUGUUCAUUUACUUUAUUCUACACUGUUUUACUCUUUUUAUUGCAUGUAUUGAAGUUUAUUUGUUAUGUUAACACUUCAAGUAAAGUAAAACUAUA